UUAGACAUCUCUCAUUCUCCUGUCAACGAUCACAAUCUAACAAUCACAAUCUAACAAUUGUGCUUUCUGUUUUCGUUGAAUAAAUUCACUGCACUUUCUUUCGAUUUUGCCGCCAUGUCUUUUGAAGUUCGCAUGAAGUGCCGCGAAAUGUUGGCUGCCGCCUUGAAAUCGGGCCCUAUGCCGCCAGGAUGUGGCGAUCCACAUGACAAGGCCGCCCAACUGGAGGAUGCCAUCUACGGGGAGCUGUCCAGCUGCCAGGUCAAAUACAAGAAUCGGAUUCGAUCGCGUUUGGCCAACUUGCGCGAUCCGAAGAAUCCUGGCCUGCGCGAGAAGUUCCUUGUUGGCCUAAUAACACCCCAGGAGCUGUCCCGCAUGACGCCCGAGGAGAUGGCCAGCGAUGAUCUGAAGCAGAUGCGCCAGCAGUACGUCCAGGACUCGAUCAAUGCGGCUCAGUUGGGCAACGUGGAGGGCACCAAGACGAAUCUGUUCAAGUGUGAGCGCUGCCAAAAGCGCAACUGCACCCAAUUGCAUAUCCGGGAUGGCGACGAACCGCUCAUCACCUUCGUCAUGUGCGAUGAUUGCGGCAAUCGCUGGAAGAGCUAGACAUUCCUGGAUGGAGUCACCUCACAUGGCUGGAUACCACACACACCAACGCACACAAUUCACAGUAACUCAUACAUACCCAUACCCCACUGAUUUCCUGUUGCCUGCCUCAAUGUAAAUAAUACUUUCACAAAAACAUAUAUACAUAUUAUGGAAAUAUAUU